CACGUUUAGAAAAGUUAAGGAAGAAUAACAAACCGGCUUGUGGGAGAAUCUUUGAAUAAAAAAGGAUUUGAUAUUGUUGAUUUCAUAGAGCCAAUAUAUCAAGAUGGCGGAUAUGACAGGUACAGAUGUGAGAAAUUUGUUUAUCAAUUUCUUUAAAGAGAAGAAACACACCUAUGUCCAUUCCUCGUCCACCAUUCCUCUAGAUGAUCCUACAUUGUUGUUUACUAACGCUGGGAUGAACCAGUUUAAGCCGAUAUUUCUGGGAGUGGUGGAUCCUAAUAGUGAUAUGGCGAAAUGGUCGAGAGCUGUUAACAGUCAGAAAUGUGUUCGUGCCGGGGGUAAACAUAACGAUCUGGAUGACGUGGGAAAAGAUGUCUAUCAUCAUACUUUCUUUGAGAUGUUGGGAAACUGGUCUUUUGGUGAUUAUUAUAAGAAAGAAACAUGUACAUGGGCAUGGGAGAUGUUAACAGAACGUCUCAAGUUAGAUAAAACUCGUCUGUAUGUAUCAUAUUUUGGUGGGAAACCGGAAGCAGGACUAGAACCUGAUAAUGAGGCUAGAGAUAUCUGGCUUAGUUUAGGACUACCAGCAAAUCGAGUUCUCCCGUUUGAUAUGAAAGAUAAUUUCUGGGAGAUGGGAGAAACAGGUCCUUGUGGUCCAUGUUCCGAGAUACAUUACGAUCGUAUUGGAGGACGGGAGGUACCAGAACUGGUUAAUCAAGAUGACCCAGACGUCUUGGAGAUCUGGAAUUUAGUGUUCAUACAAUAUAAUCGUGAUGCCGAUGGUAGUUUAAAAUCGUUACCAAGGAAACAUAUUGAUUGUGGUCUGGGUCUAGAACGUUUAGUUUCAGUUAUUCAAGAUAAAAGAUCAAACUACGAUACCGAUUUGUUUACUCCUAUUUUUGAUGUCAUUCAGAAGAUGACUGGUACAAAGGCUUAUACGGGUAAAGUUGGUAAGGAAGAUACAGAUGGAGUAGAUAUGGCGUACAGAGUCCUGGCUGAUCAUAUACGAACAUUGACUAUCACACUGUCUGACGGGGGUCGACCUGAUAAUACUGGCAGGGGCUAUGUAUUGAGAAGAAUAUUAAGACGUGCCGUAAGAUAUGGAACAGAAAAACUGAAUUUUAAACCAGGAAUGUUCAGUUCUCUUGUUGAUACUGUUGUCACAUUAUUGGGUGAUGCAUUUCCAGAAGUCAAAAGGGAUCCAGAAACUGUUAAAGCUAUACUGAACGAAGAAGAAGUCCAGUUUUUGAAAACUUUAACAAGAGGUCAUCAUUUACUACAGAGAACGAUUAAAAAACUUGGUGAUACAAAUAUUUUACCAGGUGAUGUAGCAUGGAGAUUAUAUGAUACGUAUGGAUUCCCUGUUGAUCUGACAACUCUUAUGGCAGAAGAAAACGGUCUCAGUAUUGAUAUGGGGGCUUUUGAAGAAUCCAGAAAGAAAGCUCAAUUGAUGUCACAAGGAGCAGGAGGUAGUGUCGAUGAUAAAAUCAAUCUAGACGUACACGGUAUAAAUCAUCUCCAGAGUAAAAAUAUUCCACCAACAGACGACAGUUCUAAAUAUAACUACAGAGCAGACACACAGGGAAAUUAUGUAUUUGAACCAGCUAGUGGUAAAGUUAUAGCAUUACGUUAUAAUAAGGAAUUUGUAGACAGUGUUUCUACCGGUCAGGAAUGUGGUGUGCUACUCGAUAAAACUAAUUUCUAUGCUGAACAGGGCGGUCAAAUCUAUGAUGAAGGAUUUAUGGUCAAAGAAGGAGAAGAGGAAGUAGAGUUAAGAAUUAAGAAUGUACAGGUUCGAGGAGGCUAUGUAUUACAUAUUGGUACAAUAGAAGGUGUAUUGAAAGUAGGAGAUCAAGUUAAACUCUCUGUAGAUGAGGAAAGAAGAUGCUCUGUAAUGAAGAACCAUACAGGUACCCACAUGUUGAAUUAUGGUUUACGAUGUGUUUUAAACGAGGCUGAUCAACGUGGUUCACUCGUAGCUCCUGAUAGAUUAAGAUUUGAUUUUACUUCCAAGGGUUCUAUGACGCCUGCUCAAGUAAAAAAAGUGGAGGAAGAGGUCAAUAAAAUGGCUGACAAGAAUGAAGAAGUCUACGCUAAAGAAUCAAGUCUUUCUGUUGCUAAAUCUAUCCAAGGAUUGAGAGCUGUUUUUGAUGAGGUUUACCCAGACCCUGUUAGGAUUGUAUCAGUUGGUAUCCCAGUAGAAAAAUUAGAAUCAGAUCCCAUGGGACCAGCUGGUUCUGUUACGUCUGUUGAAUUCUGUGGGGGAACCCAUCUCCGUCGUGCUGGACAUAUAGGAUCCAUGGUAAUUGUAUCCGAGGACGCUAUAUCGAAGGGUAUCCGACGUAUAAUAGCUGUGACAGGUUCCGAGGCUCAGAAAUCUCAUCAUAAAGUUGAUGUCUUACAAAAAUCUGUGACAGAAUUGAAAAAUAUACUGGAGAGUAAAUCAAGGGACAUAACUGAUAAAGAAUUGACAAGACGUAUCGUACAAUUAGAUGAUGAAGUAGCUCAGUCAACUAUUGCGUACUGGCAGAGAGAUGGUCUACGUUCAGAAUUAAAAUCUUUAAAAAAGAAAAUGGAUGACCUUGAUAAAAAUAAAAAAGCGGCAGUCUUAAAUGAGGUAGUAGAGGAGUGUAAAAAGAUGAUAGAAGCUAAUCCUAAUAUAAAAUAUAUUGUUCAUGAAUUUAAAGCUGGAUCCAAUGCUAAGGCGUUAGAUGCUGCUAUGAAACAAUAUAAAGCCUCUAGUCCCCAGACCUCGGCUUUCUUCGUAUCCGUGGACAAUGAAGCUAAUAAAAUAUUAUGUAUGAGCUGUGUUCCAAAGGAAGCUGCGAGUAAAGGAUUAUCAGCCAAGUUAUGGAUAGACCAGGUUGUACCAGCCAUUAAUGGUAAAGGUGGAGGAAAAGACGUAUCUGCUCAAGCCACUGGGACCAAUAUUGGCGCUCUGAAUGAAGCGAUCUCACUCGCAACAAAAUUCGCGGAGAUGAAACUAAGAUUGAUUAUUAAAACUUAAACCCAUUUUGUUGAUUAAUUAAUUGUACGAUAUUAUUGUCAUUAAAAAAUAAACCUCUUUCUCACAU